GGAAUAGGCAAUCAAAAAGUUGAUUGGAUGGGUGUGUGUACUUUAUCCACUUCAGAUUUUAAGAAAUAUGCUUACUCCAUUGAAGUAUAAAAAAUUGAAUGGCCCGAAAUUUGAAUACCAUUUACCUAACUUGGUCCAGCUCAAAGCCUUCCAAGUUCCAACCUACAAGUCCCGAUACCGAUCGUCGUUCUCUCUGAUUCUUUUCUUCUUUCUCGUCGCAACUAAAACCCUCCCAAAACCCCCCGUUUCAAGUUUCGAUCCUCAACCAUGAGUAAUCGUAGCUCCUCCUCCACCUCCACCGCCACCCCCAACUUCGACAACCUCCUCCUCCAAUCCCUCAUGUCCCCUCUCCAACUGCGCCACCCCAACCCCCACGCUCCGCCACCCUUCUCCGCCGCUGAAGUCCUCGACGACCUCCACUUAUUCGAAAUGCUACUUCACCUCUCCGAUUCUGAGAAAGAUAACUCUUCACUCUCUUCGCAAACUCAGCUGGCUAAAGAAGAAUCCAAGCUUGAAAAAGAAAUCGUGCGUAUAAUCCUCAGUGGCGAAACCGAAAAACUGAAACCUAAUUCGAGUCAGGCUGUUAACAUUGGGGAGCACCAUAUUUGCGUUGGGUUUCAAGAGGAAACCGGGUCGGAGUAUCGUGUAUGGGAGUGGCACGGGCAUAUUGUGUUGUUUGAUGAGGUAACUGGGUACGCUAUGGACUAUAUUUACGGGAAUUAUUUCGAGAGGGUUGCUGUGGCGAACAGGGAAAUGAAGAAGACGCUGAAGAAGGAAGACAGUGGUGUUGGUGGUGAUGAAAAGGCGAACAAGGAGGAGAAGGUGGCGACUGCCGGGUUGAAAGAGUUGUUUGAAUGUGGGGAAACGAGUAGCCGACAGAUAAUUCAUCGCAGUUUACCAACAAAUUCCGGGUCCCCAAGGUUUAUGUAGAAUGAGAAUCUUUGUCCUCUUUUGCAAUUUUAUUUAUAACUAUCUAUAUGUGCAUAAACGAUCUGAUAUUUUGUUUUUUGCCUCUGGCCUUGAAGUUUGCUGCUGGAAAAUGCUUUUAGCUUGGUGUUUAUUCUACAUUGAGCUGUUUAGUACUCUGAGUUUUUGGAUUUACGUACGUUGCUCUUUCGAUUAGCUCUAUAGCAUUUUGCUACAUUAUCCUCAGUAGCAUUUUAUGGCAACAAUUUAGUUUCAUAGUUUUUGGAGAAUGUUAUUCUCCAUAGAUGAUGUUUGGCUUUACCAUAUUGUUAUAUUUAGUGCAGCUUGCCUGUAUUCAUUAAUGUUCUGAUAUUACAAGUAGAUGUUUUAUGCCUAUAAUAUUAUAAGCAAUUAUAUAUUACUGCAAGAUCUGUGAAGUUCCAUACUUGAAAGAGGGAUGUAUUUCGCUUAUGGUUGGUACUGCAUUCCAUACCUUUUCAGAUGUAUCUUUCUUCUUCUUUCCUUGGUAACUUGAUAAAAGUGAUGAGCAAGUUAUGGAGCAUCGACGCAGGUUGAUAUCAGUCACUGCCUUAAGGAGUGGGAAAGUGAGUAAAAGAACCAAUGGCUAUGCCUAUGCUUAUAUUCAGUUGUUAGUGAAGGAGGAAACAUGGUGGAUCUUUUUUAGUUCAAGAAAAAGCAACGGAUGCCCCUCAGAGACCAACAUGAGUAAGAAUUGGUUCUAACAGGAUCGUAGAUCUUCUGAUUUAUGAGCCCCAGGUUCCCACAAUACAAAUACUUGUGCCAAAUACAAAGGAGGUACACGAGAUGGAAUGAAAACAUAAGUGGUGGGACUGCAGCAGUUAGCAGACCCAAGUUUGGAGCUACUUAUGGAUUACAUAGGUGUCAUAGAAGAACUGAUGUUCAGUCAGGACUUGGGACCCUAUAGCUAAUUGUCCUUUUUGAUAGAAUAGUCGUAAGAGCAAAAUCGAUGGAAAUCAAGCAUGAGAUGUAAAACCCUCUACUAAUAGAACAUACCCUAGUUUUUGCAAAUAGACCAGGAGUGUAAUUA